CCAUACGGAGCCAGUCGGACAUUUUCUGACAAGCGUAGAAAAACUUCUCGUCAACAGCAGCCGCCAUUUUACGUUAGCCGAUACUCGUGCGGUGCGGAACUCUCGCGAUCGCUUUUCCCGAGCGAAUUUCUGUGGCGCGCGGUGGCCGCCCCGGAGCCGACUCAUCUCGUCGUCCUCGCCUCCUGGCGUCCGUGAUUGCCUCAAAUGUGCGGGGAAAGCGAGCCGCGUCCGCGGUGAUCGUUCGCGCGCCCCGUGUCGCAGUGUGCCAAGGCGAGAGAAGAGGAGAGGAAGAUGGUGCCAGAGGGCCUCGAGACCGAUAUCGUUGCUGCGAGAUAGCGCCGUGCGCGCAGCCAGUCCGCCACACUCGAGUGUUUGACGAGUCGUGCGCGACCGACUGCUAAGACGAAGUAUAAAACGCGACGGACCUCGUUUAGCUGGUGUGUACAUUUAAUAUCACGCUGGUGAUCCUCGCGAUUACCAAAUUACUCGAUAAGUCCUGGUAACUUCUCGGUCUGUCCAGUGCUUCGCCGCGAGUGGCCCGUGCGCCUGUCGAGAGACAAAAUUUACUGUGUGUGCGUGUGUGGGCUUUAGCGCGGGGUUCGACGUACCCCCCGACGAUGCCCAAUGGUUGAUCGUGUAACGAAGCGUGCUCGGGGACGCUCUACGCGCCGCGGUUCUCAUUGUUAUUGUCAUGCCUGCGAAUACGCUAAGAGAUUGGUGAAUAUUCGCGGCUUUACCAGCGAGGAGGAAGAACCAGCAACAGUAACCAGCAUCAGCAGCGGUCUUCUAGUGGCGUAGUGCAGCGUUUCGCUCGCUCGCUCGCUCGCUCGUGUGUGUUACCCGUGUAUACGUGCCUGCCUGCCUGCCUCUGCGUGCGUGCGUGCGUGCGGUUGACUCGACGACUCGCUAACGCCGCCGCCGCCGCUGCUUACUUGCUACCGAGAGUAAACAGCCUGAAACAAGAAAUAAUUAACCCUGAAAAGGAACCAUGGCCGACCACCUGGUGGACGGCCCGCCGAACAAGCGGCAGAAGCUCGGAGAUCCUUUUCAAGGAACUUCCGACUCCGCGGAUUACAUAACAAACACAGAUAUGUUUGAUCUUGAAAAUGAUCUACCUGACGAUCUGUUGGCAACACCAUCUUGGGGUUCUGCAACUGAAAGUGCUAAACCGCCAGCUACAGGACCAGGGCCAGGGCAGCAGAAUGGUGCCCUUGAUUCAGAACUUCGACAACAUGUACAACAACAGCAGCAACAACUUCCACAUCAUUUAAUACAACAACAAGGCAACAAAAAUUUGGUUACUAAUUCUUUAGUAAUGGCUGCUGGAACUUUGGGUAACAAAAGUCCAAAUAUGCAAUCUCCACCAAAUGUUUCUGUCUCUAAAGUAGUUGAUCCACAAAUGGUUGUGAGUCUGGGAAAUUUACCAAGUAGCAUAGCCAGUUCAUUGGCAAACAAUCAAAUGUCUAUUGCAAAUUCUAUGGGAGGUCUUCAAUCAUCAAUGAGCAUGGCUGGAAACAAUCCUACCAUGUCAAUGCCAGGUGGAAUGAAUUCUGGCCUAGUUAUGACCAGCAGUGCUAGUGGAAAUAACAAUAUGGGUGGAAUGGCAGGUGGAAGUUUAAUUGUAACCAACAGUUUGAACAAACAACCUUUAAAUACUGUGAUGGGUCCUAAUACUCAAGGAAUUCAUCAUCCUAGUGGACCACAUGGUGUUCCUCAAAUGCAAAAUGGGCCAGGAAUAAUGAACACUAGAGCAGUAGCAAUGCAACAACAACAGCAGGCUCAUAUGGUUGGUCCUACAAGAGGGCAAAGUCCACACCAACAAGUACAUCAAGUUGGUAUUGUUGGUACUGGCCAGGGAGGUCCGCGAAUGCAAGCUCCUCCAAACAUGGCAAAUAUGCCAAACAUGGGACAAAUUGGUGCAUCCACUCCUUAUGGUUAUGCAUCUCCAGGUAGUGGACCAGGACCUGGUGUUACAGUAUGUACAAAUAGUCCUGUUGGAGUUGUUACACCGCAACAGAAAGGAGUAGGAACAAAUAUGACUGCCAUGCAAGUUGCUGGUAGAUUUGGAGGAAACACAGGUCCCAUUGGUUCUGCUACUGUUGUGGGUGGCCAAGAAGGUACUAUGGCACAACAAGCACAACCACCUGCUCCGAGUCCAGCUCAAACUCAAGCUGGUGCGCCAACAGGAGUUCAACUUGGUUCACAACAAGCUACUCAGGGCCAAAUAACCGGUACCGGUGCUCCAACUGGUGCUACGAAGUCAACUGCUGAUCCCGAAAAGCGUAAACUUAUUCAACAGCAGCUAGUUCUUUUGCUUCAUGCGCAUAAGUGUCAACGCCGUGAAACCCAAGCGAAUAAUGGCGAUGUUCGACAUUGUACGCUGCCAGAUUGCAAAACGAUGAAAAACGUUUUAAACCAUAUGACCGCCUGCCAAGCAGGGAAAACUUGCAUGGUGCCACAUUGUAGCUCCUCUAGACAGAUUAUUAGUCAUUGGAAACAUUGUAAUCGCAACGACUGUCCAGUGUGCUUGCCCCUAAAACAAGCGAAUAAGAACAAAACCACAAACGCUGCUGCCGCUUCCACAUCACAACCAAAUAGUCAACCAAAUCCAAGUCCAACUGAGGUAAAAAGAGCAUACGAUGCUUUGGGUAUUCAAUGUCCCACAACAACACCUGGCUUGGUGCCUGCUUCGUGUGUUACGAGAAGAAUACCAGCACCAGGUAUGCAAGGAGGGACUGGUACAAUAGGAAGCGUGAGGCUAGUUCAACCUCCAACUCAAACUGCUCCUGGCCAGUCCGUGGUUGGUGCUGGACAGCAAGUAGUCGCACCAAAUGUAUCUCUUCCUUUAAAUUCUGAUCCUAACACUGUAGGUGUUGCCGGUAAUCAGACUGCGUCCACCAGCGGAGCAACGCCUGCUGCUGCGGCGGCUCCUGCAAAUAUACAGCAAUCUGUUAAUGUACAUCAGUUAUUCGGUUUGAACGAUUCCGGACAACUCAGUGUCGCGGCCGAAAAUAGAUUAGCUAGUCCUCAGCUUCCGGUUGGAGCUCAACAGAAUCAAGUAACAGCAACACCGAUGCAAGAAACUAAGGACUGGCAUUUGACUGUAACUCCAGAUCUUAGAAAUCAUCUUGUUCAUAAAUUGGUUCAAGCCAUAUUUCCCACUCCGGACCCAAAUGCUAUGCUUGACAAGAGAAUGUACAAUUUAGUCUCGUACGCGAGAAAAGUUGAAGGUGACAUGUACGAGAUGGCUAAUUCCCGAUCAGAGUAUUACCAUUUACUUGCUGAGAAAAUAUAUAAAAUUCAGAAAGAGUUAGAGGAGAAGCGACAGAAACGAAAAGAACAGCAACAACAGUUACAGGCGCAGCAGCAGCAGCAGCCUCAACCAGGGUCAUCUGGAGCAGCUGGUCCGAGUUUGAGGCCGUGCGCUCCACCCGGUGUGGGAACUGUUCCACCGUCACGACCGGUUGGAACGGUUACUCCUAGCUUACGUAGUCAUUCACCAAGCAUGUCUCAACUUGGAAAUUUACCUGCAAUAAGCAUUCCACACAAUAGAAUGCAGUUUCCUCAGCAACAACAGGCGCAACAGCAACAAGCGCAACAACAACAGGUACAAGUUCAAGCCCAAACCAAAGUCCAGGCUCAAGCACAAGCCCAGACCCAAGCUCAAGCUCAGGCACAAGCUCAGGUUCAACAACAAAUGCAACAACAACAACAGCAGCAGCAACAGCAGCAGCAACAACAGCAACAGCAGCAGCAGCAGCAGCAGCAACAACAGCAACAGGGGAUUUUAGUUGGCCCACCGGGUCCUAGUCCAAACGGGCAGUCAACCUCCAAUCCCAAUGUCGUUCCAAAUCCCGGUUUGAGUCCAUUUGGACAAAUGUCACAAGCGAACCUAACAACUACCACUACAUCCGCAACAACUAGUCAAUUUCCAACCUCGAACGGCACUUCCGGUCUGCCUAACAGUUCUCCUGUACAGAAUCAACACCAGUUCACAGACAUUAUGAAGGUUCGAAUGGCGCAGGCUCAAGCAGCGCAAGCUGCGCAAGCUGCAAUCGCUCAUCAACACCAACAACAACAGCAGCAGCAGCAGCAGCAACAACAGCAGCAACAACAGCAACAGCAACAACAGUCGCAGCAAUCAGCGCAAUCGCAACCACAGCAGCAACAAAGUCAAUCGCAGCCGCAACAACCGACGAGCACUUCGAAUCAGAGCGGCGCGACAACGCCGAUGCCGCAAGCGCCGUCGCCGUUCAGUAUCCAACAGAAUAACCAACAACAAAGCCAACAGUUCAGCAACAGUCGACCUCUGUCAGUCUCAACGCCUAGCGACAGCGGCAUCAGCACGUCCACUCCUCAAACGAUACCACCUCCUGCGUCCAGCGGGCCUAGUCCUGGUCCAACGACGACGGCGAACGGACCUCAAUCUACGACUUCCACACCUAAUACACCGUUAGUUCCUUCUCUGAUGACUCCGAAUCAGACAGUUUCAUCUGCCAAUCAAACACCGCCUCAUCCUAGCACUACACCGUCUCCAGCUGGCUUAGCGGGCCUCGGGAAAGGCAUGACGUCACAGGAACGAGCCGCUUUGAACGCGCCUAGAACCUUGUCCAUAUCUUCUCAAAUGGCUGCUAUCGUGUCUGCCACAGACCGUGAUAAUUCACCUAGUCCGCCGAUGAAUAACAAUAAGGGAAAGUUGGACUCCAUCAAGGAGGAGAGUAUGAAGAUGGAGAUCAAGCAGGAGGACGGUUCUGAGAAUCACAGAAUGGACGGCGGGAAAAGCGUGAACAACGACGUACCGAUCAAAACGGAGAUUAAACAGGAACCGAUGGAAGAAGGAUCCGGCGAGGGUAUCGCGAAGGAGGAAUCCUGUAUCAAGGAAGAACCGGUGACGCCGAUGUCUAGUCAGGAUACAACGACGCCGGACAUCAAACCGUUGGUCCCUGAGCCGAUACAACCAAGCGGUACAUCGACAGAUAAGAAACGGUUGUGCUUAUUCAAACCGGACGAGCUGCGGCAAGCGUUGAUGCCAACGUUGGAGAAACUGUACCGUCAGGAUCCAGAAUCUAUACCGUUUAGACAGCCGGUCGAUCCGCAGGCGUUAGGGAUUCCGGAUUAUUUCGAUAUCGUUAAGAAACCGAUGGAUCUAUCGACGAUCAAAAGGAAAUUGGACACGGGUCAGUAUAGCGAUCCAUGGGAAUAUGUUGACGACGUGUGGAUGAUGUUUGAUAACGCGUGGCUAUAUAAUCGUAAGACGUCGCGAGUGUACAGAUACUGUACAAAGCUUUCGGAAGUUUUCGAGCAAGAGAUAGAUCCAGUGAUGCAGGCCCUGGGCUAUUGUUGCGGCAGAAAAUACACAUUUAAUCCACAAGUUUUGUGUUGUUACGGGAAACAACUCUGUACGAUACCCAGGGAUGCGAAGUACUACUCCUAUCAGAACAGAUACACCUUCUGUCAGAAAUGUUUCAACGACAUUCCUGGUGACACUGUGACGUUGGGAGACGAUCCAACGCAACCUCAAACUGCCAUUAAAAAGGAACAGUUCCAGGAAAUGAAGAAUGAUCACUUGGAAUUGGAGCCUUUUGUUGUGUGCACAGAUUGUGGCAGAAAAGUACAUCAAAUCUGCGUGCUUCAUAUGGAAUCUAUCUGGCCAUUAGGGUUCACUUGUGAUAACUGCUUGAAGAAAAAAGGACAGAAGCGUAAAGAGAACAAGUUCAACGCUAAGCGUUUACCAGUCACUAAAUUAGGCACUUACAUAGAGACGCGAGUAAACAACUUCUUGAAGAAGAAAGAAGCUGGUGCUGGCGAAGUUGCAAUUAGAGUUGUGGCGUCCAGUGACAAAGUAGUGGAAGUGAAGCCUGGCAUGAGAAGUAGAUUUGUGGAGAACGGUGACAUGCCCGGCGAGUUUCCUUACAGGGCGAAAGCAUUAUUUGCAUUUGAAGAGGUCGAUGGCACGGACGUGUGUUUUUUCGGCAUGCAUGUGCAGGAAUAUGGCAGCGAAUGUACUCCACCUAACACUAGAAGGGUCUAUAUCGCGUACUUGGAUUCUGUACACUUUUUCCGGCCUAGACAGUUUCGUACAGCAGUUUACCAUGAGAUACUUCUUGGGUAUUUAGACUACGCGAAGCAGCUUGGAUAUACCAUGGCUCAUAUUUGGGCUUGUCCACCUUCUGAAGGAGAUGAUUACAUCUUUCACUGCCACCCUCAGGAGCAAAAAAUUCCAAAGCCUAAAAGAUUGCAAGAAUGGUACAAGAAAAUGCUGGACAAAGGCAUGGUCGAAAGGAUCGUACUGGAUUAUAAAGAUAUUUUAAAACAAGCAAUGGAAGACAAGCUUUCAUCAGCCGCCGAUUUACCAUAUUUUGAAGGUGAUUUCUGGCCCAAUGUUUUAGAAGAAAGUAUCAAAGAAUUAGAUCAAGAAGAAGAAGAGAAACGUAAACAGGCAGAAGCUGCGGAAGCUGCUGCUGCUAAUGCGAUUUUUUCAAUGUCGGAAGAUUCUGAGACAGGUCCGGAUGGCAAGAAAAAGGGUCAGAAAAAGGCGAAAAAGUCGAACAAAUCCAAAGCAAAUCAAAGAAAGAAUAGUAAAAAAUCUAAUACUCCGCAAACAGGGAACGAUCUCUCUGCAAAAAUUUUUGCAACCAUGGAGAAACAUAAAGAAGUAUUCUUUGUUAUCAGGUUGCAUAGCGCUCAAAGUGCAGCCAGUUUAGCACCGAUUCAGGAUCCUGACCCCGUUAUUAAUUGUGACCUCAUGGAUGGUCGCGAUGCUUUUCUCACAAUGGCUAGAGAAAGACAUUACGAGUUCUCUUCCUUAAGACGCGCGAAGUUUAGUUCUAUGUCUAUGUUGUACGAACUGCACAACCAAGGCCAAGACAAAUUUGUUUAUACUUGUAAUAAUUGUAAGAGUCAUGUAGAAACGAGGUAUCACUGUACGGUUUGUGAUGACUUUGACCUAUGUAUAAGUUGUAAAGAAAAAGAUGGUCAUCCUCAUCAUAUGGAGAAACUUGGUUUAGAUUUGGAUGAUGGUUCAUCGCCGGCCGAUGCCAAGCAACAAAAUCCACAGGAGGCGCGUAAACUAUCGAUACAAAGAUGUAUUCAGUCAUUGGUACACGCGUGCCAGUGUAGAGACGCUAAUUGUCGAUUACCUAGUUGCCAGAAGAUGAAGAGAGUAGUAACGCAUACAAAGAUUUGUAAACGAAAAACGAACGGUGGUUGUCCAAUAUGUAAACAAUUGAUUGCAUUGUGCUGUUACCAUGCUAAACACUGCCAAGAGACUAAAUGUCUUGUCCCAUUCUGUUCAAAUAUCAAACACAAGUUGAAGCAACAACAGCUUCAGCAAAGGUUACAGCAAGCGCAAUUAUUAAGAAGAAGAAUGGCUGUGAUGAAUACGAGACCAACAGGUGCAGUUGGGGCGAUGCAAAGUGGACAGCAGACUUCCAAUGUUACUAUGCCAACUGGUGUCGCCAUGAAACCAGGUGUCAGUCCUACCAAUUUACCUUCACCGCAUCAACCUGGAAUAGGGUUGAAACCUGGAACGCAAACACCACCCGCUCAUGUCCUCCAAGUCGUUAAGCAAGUACAAGAAGAAGCUGCGAGACAACAGGCGCCGCAUGUUGGCUACGGCAAGGUAACGCCAGGCGGUGGAGUCGGCGUUGGAGUAGGUGUGGCAGGACAAACGGGUGGAGUGAUGCCUCCGCCACAAAUGCAACGACCAAUGCCCGUCCAAAUGCCAAACCCUGGCGGUACUCAUCUCAUUCCAAUGGACCAGUGGACGCCAAGUAGGUAUCAGCCGAACGCAGUGAUGCAACAGAAUCCUGGUUUAAGGCAACAAACGCCGCAACAGUUAAUGCAGCAGCAACAACAACAUCAGGGACAGCCAGUGAUUGGAAUGGGAGGACAGAUGCCCAGACAGCCUGGUAUUAUCGGCGGUCCGGUUAGCCAGGUUGGGUCACAGGCUCAAAAUACCGCCAUGCACAAACAAGUGCUACAGCAACUUAUGCAAACUCUCAAGAAUCCCCAUACGCCCGAGCAACAGAACCAAAUACUUCAAAUACUCAAAAGCAAUCCACCAAUAAUGGCUGCCUUCAUCAAGCAACGGGCGCUGCAGCAGCAAACCGGUCAAUACGGAGGAGGAGUCGCCGGACCGUUAGGUCCUAAUCAGCCUCAACAGCAACCAAGUUUGCAGCAUAUGAUGUCUCAACAACAGCAGCAGCAACACCAACAACAGCAGCAGCAGCAUCAACAGCAGCAACAACAACCAGGCAGAAUGCAAAUACAAGCAAUGUUGAAUCAACAGCAACAACAGCAGCAGCAGCAACAGCAACAGCCUGUUCAGCAGCAGUCACAGUGGUAUAAACAGCAAAUGAUGGCGAUGCAAAGGCAGCAGGCGCAACAGCAGCAGCAGCAACAACAGCAACAGAUACUUGUAGCGACUGCUAAGAAUAUGUGGCACCAGAGCGAUCGCCUGAAGCCUUAA